AUGGUGUCUGGUAACAGCACAGAGUUGCAUCCCCACACUUUUCUUCUCCUGGGAAUUCCAGGACUAGAAGACGUGCAUACCUGGAUUGGGUUUCCAUUUUGUGUUGUGUAUUUGACGGCUCUUCUGGGAAACAUCACCAUUUUAUUUGUAAUCCAUUCUGAGCACAGUCUCCAUCAGCCCAUGUUCUACUUCCUGGCCAUUCUGUCAUCCAUUGACCUGGGCCUGUCCACAUCCACCAUCCCCAAAAUGCUGGGCAUCUUCUGGUUUGACCUGAGAGAAAUCACAUUUGAAGGCUGUCUCAUCCAGAUGUUCUUCAUCCACAUGUGUACAGGCAUGGAGUCAGCUGUGCUCUUGGCCAUGGCGUAUGAUCGCUAUGUGGCCAUCUGUAACCCUCUUCGCUACACACUGGUGCUGACUAACAAGGUGGUAUCAGUCAUAGCGCUGAUCAUCCUCCUGGUACCUUUCUCCUUAACUAUGCCUUUUAUUCCCCUCAUCCUCAGACUGCCUUUCUGUGGCCAUCACAUCAUCCCCCACACAUACUGUGAGCACAUGGGCCUUGCCCGUCUGGCCUGUGCCAGCAUCAAGGUCAACAUCAUCUAUGGCUUAUAUGCCAUCUCUAACAUGAUGGGUGAUAUCUUAGCCAUUGCCCUCUCCUAUGUGCAGAUCCUCCGUGCUGUCUUUCGCCUUCCUUCCAGGGAUGCCCGACUCAAGGCCCUCAGCACCUGUGGCUCCCACGUCUGUGUCAUGCUGGCCUUCUACACACCUGCAUUCUUCUCCUUCAUGACCCACCGGUUUGGCAGAAAUGUUCCUCAAUACAUCCAUAUUCUUCUUGCCAACUUUUAUGUUGUUAUCCCACCUGCUCUCAAUCCAGUUAUUUAUGGUGUUAGAACUAAGCAGAUUAGAGAGAAGGUAAUUAUGAUUUUUAGAAGCAAAUGA